AUGAUGCCCGUUGUAAUGAUAUUGAAGCUGGAUGUACUCCUCUCCGACAAGGUGUUUGAUCUUUACUCUCAGUCCCCUUGGGUCACAGGAAGCCAGAUGGCUGCUAUAUCCGAUUGGUCGCUUUUUGUCGGCCUCGAGUUACUCAGUGAGGGUGACUGCUUCGGUGCUGUCAUACAUAUAUACAACAUGUUGCAGCAGCUUGACGUCGAGUGCAAACGAAUACCGAUACUGGAACAUCUACAAACUCUCUUCAAGUCGAAGGUUUUUGCUGGAAGGAGUGAGCCACAGAGGAGCUUUUCGAGCAUAUUCGAGCUGUUCUGUGGUGGAGCAAAGAUCCUCCAGGCUCAGGGUGUCAGGCUACUCCAUCGAUCAAAACCCAAGGAAACCUGCGUCAGUUCAAAGUUCUCCAAGAUUAGUCUAGCUGAGAUGCACUCCUCAACGACGCAAAGCUUCUUCCAUCUCUAUAUGCCCAGUGCAAAAUUCUGGACUCGACUCACAGACAACCCCAGAAUCGUCCAAAGAUACACUACGCAUGAGAACCUCUUUGCUCAAUUUCCCCCUUCCGAUACCAUUCGCCGUGCGGAAGAGAUCAUUCGGCCUGAGUACGAAGGCGCCUUUCCAAUAGCCCGACUGAACUGCUUUGCAGUUCUUCGUCUUUGUCAGGACAUCAUGCUCGCAAUCGCGGCGCGCUUCCAAGUACUCGGUACGGCAGCAUGGCCGCCAGGCAUGGAAGACAUUGGUUCACCGUCGGUGCUCCAUAUCCCAUCUGGCAUCGAGCCGUAUGUCAAGAUUGAGGUUGCUGUCAAAUGUGUUCGAAUUACUAUGAUACUGAUCGACGGCCUUCUCGAUGGUUACGCUUUGACGAGGAAGAGAAGUGACGUUGGCUACAGCAAGAUGUGGAAAGAACAUCCCGACGCUAUGCGACCAGUGGUUGUAAUGCGAGACACGAUCGCGGAGGUGUGCGAAGGCAAGAAAGUCGAAGAUUUCCUGUGGAAGAGUAUGUGA